CUCCCAUUCAUUGACAUCCCCCCGUCCCGACCACACCCGUCUCAAUCGUCAUCACCUCCCUCCUCCCAGAAAAUCGAAACAUCGACAUAAUCAUUAUCGGAUUUCUCGUCGUCUCAAAAGAUUUGAAGUGAGAGAACAGAAACCUCACGCUAUCUCGAUAUAACCACGCAAAAUGUCUCCCGCCGUGGGAGGCAUGUGGGCUACCGCCGCCCUGCGUGUUCUCGGCAAGAAUCUGGCUCGCACGUCCAAGAUGCUUCGCUCGAAGCUCGCCGCCGCCGCGACACGUUCAUCGAAUCCAGCCCAACAACUCCAGCCAAUCGCCGUACGUAGUGGUGUCAACAGCAGCCGCCAACCCAUUCAUCCCAGCGCAUGGCUUCGCCAGCAGAAGAGCGGCCGAAGUGGUGCAAAGUGGCACUCAACCUACACCAACAUCAAUGCCACUGUCCGUCGCUACAUCAGCAAUACCGCCGGGAGACAAUCCUCUUCUUCCGGUGGUCAAUCUCGCUUUGACCGGUCCAAGCUCCCGGUCUCCAACAUUUCCAGGGCCGUAGCUGCGUCGCCCGGCCGGGCUCCUUUCGCCUCCACCCUCCGACCGAACCUCACCGGAGGCGCCCUCCCUCGUACCGCAGGCGGCUACUCCUUCUCCGGGGCCGGCCGUGCCGGUGGCAAGCGGUACUUCAGCCACACACCCGCCGCCCCGGCGCAAGUAGUCCAGAACGUGAGCCAAGCCGUCCGCGCCUUCUGGCUCUCUGGUCAGAGGGCUCACUUCGACGGAUACUCGGCCGACGGCCGGAAGCUGUACCGGGCCGUUGGCGUGGACGAGGAGAAGGCACGUAAUAAGCUCGCCGUUGCGCCGCACGCUCCGGGCUCGUCCAUCGACUUCCACAUCAGCCCCUCCAUUACGGCCCUCAGCCCCUUGGGUGCCAUGAUUCCCUCUUCCCAGAGCGUCAAGGCCGAGAUCCAGACCGCCGGCGCCACCCUUCUUGCCGACAAUUUCCUCGAUGUCCUUUCAGUGGACUUCGCCCGCACGCUGAAGGAUCUCGCAGCCGUCAUGGCAGAUUUGAAGGCCCUCGCUCGGCUGGGUGACUUGCCCAUCUCUCUGGAGCGGGUCGACCUGCUGAGGGUCCGGUUCCCGGGCGUAGAUGCCGAAACGGUAGAGCGGCUGUGCAAUGACGUUGGCGUUCAACGCGGAAUCAUCAGAGAGGAUCCUGAUUUCGACGCGGACGCCGGUGUCCAGGUCGCGCUACGGUUUCCGUACGCCCCUGACAACGGCUGCUCCAAGGCACUCACGUCACCAAACGUGACCGUGCGGACGAGGGUCACAUCAGCGAGUUUGGAACUCGAUGAGGCGUUCGCGGAGGAGAUCGAGGAGAAUCCGUGGCUGUUGGCAUCGGAACACUCCGCUGUUUCGGAAGAGUCGGAAGGUUACGAGAGCAUGUCGCCGUCUCUGAAGAGUGCUUCUAGUGAGCACUGCACGGAGGACCGAUAUGAAGGGUUAGAGGGGAUUUACAAGUUUCUGGAGGAAUGUGAUCGUGCGAGGGCGAUGAGGUUUUAAGGGGUUUUCCUUGCCUGUCGAGCGGUGAUUGGUGGAGGAUCUCUUUCGUAAUGAUAUCAGGUUAUCAGUGGGCUGAUGGUUGAUUCUCAUCAGCAGCCCACGAUAAGUGGGAGCAAGGAAUAUAAAUACGGGCCGGUCUGUUUUUUUUCUUGGAUGUUUUUGGUACAUAUGGCGUGUUAUUAGGAUACCUCACUCUCUUUGUCAUUUACAAUUAUCCAUGUUUCUUUGCUCCCCCACGCUACGGGGGAUUCACUACCUACUUCCAUGUACUCAUCACAUGGCUGGCCCCGUUUGAGCGGCUGUCAUGG